GGCUGGGAGAAAGAAGCGGCGGCGGCGGCCCUCCGGGAAAGCGCUAAAAGAAUUAGAUUACUGAAUUUGUCAUCAAAAGAUAAUAAGACUGCUUUCUAUGGAAUAAAUGAGUUUUCUCACCUGUUUCCUGAGGAGUUCAAAGCUAUUUACUUAAGAAGCAUACCUCACAAACUUCCCAGAUACAUAAAAGUGCCAAAGGGAAAGGAAAAACCUUUGCCAAAGAAGUUUGACUGGAGGGACAAGAAAGUCAUUGCAGAAGUGAGAAAUCAGCAAACAUGUGGAGGCUGCUGGGCUUUCAGCGUUGUGGGUGGUAUAGAGUCUGCCUAUGCAAUUAAAGGAAAUAACCUGGAAGAACUCAGCGUACAGCAGGUUAUUGACUGUUCAUACAAUAAUUAUGGCUGCAGCGGGGGAUCCACUGUUAGUGCUUUGAGCUGGCUGAACCAGACAAAAGUAAAACUUGUGAGAGAUUCAGAAUACACUUUUAAAGCUCAGACAGGACUGUGCCAUUAUUUUGGUCACUCAGAUUUUGGAGUUUCAAUAACAGGAUUUGCUGCAUAUGACUUCAGCGGUCAGGAAGAAGAAAUGAUGAGGAUGCUUGUUAACUGGGGCCCUUUGGCAGUAACAGUAGAUGCGGUUAGCUGGCAGGAUUAUCUUGGUGGGAUCAUACAGUAUCACUGCUCCAGUGGAAGAGCAAAUCAUGCUGUUCUAAUCACUGGUUUUGACAGAACAGGUAGUAUCCCUUACUGGAUUGUACAGAACUCUUGGGGGUCCACAUGGGGAAUAGACGGCUAUGUUCGUGUUAAGAUAGGCGGCAAUGUCUGUGGUAUAGCAGAUACAGUUUCAUCAGUAUUUGUUUGACACUUACUGGCCAAAGACCACGAUUAUCAUUUGGACAAUAGUUUGGCACACACUUUAUGUGAAGAUUUACUUCAAAGCAACAUUUUCUAAAAUAAGAAAUGACUGUAAGGGCAUUUUCUGCUUUUAGGCAGUACAGGAAUGGGUUGGCUGGAGUUUUUAGAAGUCUUUUUAUUUGGCAUGUGUGUUGCAUAUCAAAUCUCUCAUGGAAUAAGAAGACUCGGAAUCAACUCCAGAGUACACAGAAAGAAGUUACAAAGAUGGACUGAAACUGUGAAUGUGAACUCUAUCCAGGUGUUGAAUACUACUCCAUAAAAAAAUCGUACAAGGAAAGAAAAGCUGAAAAAUGAUAAGGAAUUUGGAUCAAAUAAUCAAUAGUAUGACAGAAUAUAAACAGAAUGUUUUGAAUGUAAGAAGAACCAUGAUUAGGUCUGCUCUUAUUGGGCGGGGAGGAAGGGCAGUUGGAAGAAAAUAUUCUCUCUCUUUUGCUUUGACAUCUGUCUUGGCUUUUCUGGCACCUCUGACAGACACACACAUUUUGACUUCCUCCUUUUUGUGAAAUCCUGCUUUUUCUCUAUGGCUAGAAUAAUAGAAGAGGGAAAUGGAGAGUCAAAGUUGUUUCCUGAGCACCCACUGUCUCUGAAGUGCUGCAGUCCUUCAAUUUCGGUCUUCAGACCUUUAUUGGGUAAAUAUAACUUCAGAGCUCUUCAGAGCAGGGAGUGUGUUUUGGAAAGUGCCCGAAAUAUCACAGUCUUCUGGAUUAAUUUGUUAGAUGGAUAGAAAAGUGAGAAGUAACUAUGUAGACAAACCGAGGCAGUUCUAGUGGUUUAACAUCCUGUGUCCUGGCAGGAUGUAUGUGUUUGCAAGUUAGCCUUUCCGUGCUUUGAGAGCUGUGUCAGUUCCAUGCCUUCUGUCUUCUCUACUUCACAACUAAGAGUGAAGCCAGUUGCAAAGCAGAAAUUAAAAAACUUACUCAUUCUAGAAAAAAUUGUGAGGGUGAGUGUUGUUAAAAUAUAUUUGCCACCUUUAGAAAGUCAGCAAUUACAGAAUAUUCCAAAUAGAGUGGCUGUUAAAUUUCCCUACAUUAAUUGAAUUCGUAGGUGGGACUUGCUGGGAAUCAAAAGGCGGUUUCAGCUUUGUUGACCUGUAAAACUGCACAUGCAGGCAAAUGUAACUAGAAUUCACAACCAAACAUGUAAUUCUAAAAUGCUCUGAUCUUUCGUCUGGAAUGCUUUACCUGUAAUCUUUUAUGAAGCACUGCUAUGAAAAGUAUUGAAGCAGUUCUGUAAUUUUUGCACUCGAUUACUGUACCAUGGUAAUAGAUCAGUGUAUUAUUAUCAUCUUUUUAUGACAAAUGCAAUCAUAAUUGUCUAUCAUCAGUAUUAUCAUUUUAGUCCUUCUACUUCUAAGUGUUAAUACUUUAAAUGAAAGGAAGACCAAGUGCUACGUUUCACUAUUUCAGAUUCUGCUACUUACUGAAUUUACUGGCUGAAAACUUCAGAUAAACAAAAGGCGAAGUCUUCUGUAGUCUUAUAGUCUCCUGUAGUAUGGCCUUCCCUUAGCAGUUUACAAACAGCAAAUAGCACACUUUCGUAACUGGAAAAAAUAGCCAAAGUUCCUAAUUGGCAUUGAUAAGAGUAACGUUGUUAUAGUAGUAUCAAACACAGACGUUCCACCGGUUUUUGAGGUGGUACUAUCAGGCAUAAGUACCUAAAACGCUAAGAUACAGAGCAACUAGCAGAAAUUAGGGCCUACAGCGUAUGCGUAUUUCCGAGGGAAGCAUUUGAAAAGACGAGAGACCAUCUAAUGAGAAGGCGACACAGCUUUAUCAAUAUUCUAUGGCCAAAUUUGCCUUGCUUUUAUUAUUUUAUUCUUAUUUGAAUGAUAUUUUGAAUAAAAAACACUUU